AUGACCUCGACUGAGAAGCCCCGCGAAAGCAGUCAGACACGAGCUAUUAGGCACGGUCUUACUGGUCACGAUGACCCGUCUCGACAAGCUGGCGUGGUCGACGAGACGACAGCAGCCUCCGCGACCGAGGCCGCGCAUUUCCGCGAAGACUCAACGUUCACGAGAACAACAAGUGGCGACUCCGCUGCGAACAAUCACGAGGCCGGCCACCGUGCCGUAGGCGGAAAUCGCUUCCUCCGCGACCCCCUCGGGCUCUCCAUGUCUGGUUCGACUCGUUCGCCGUCGCAAAGCCCCUUCCGACUCACCAUGCCGACCAUUUCGCCGGGUCAGCUCGCCUUUUCGGCGAUGCAAUACCUGCCUGUACCUACACUAGUCCUCAAUAAUCUGAAAACGGUCGUCUUAGCGAACGAGGCGAUGGGGAGGAUGAUGGGCAUCAUCAACGACGAGACCGACCAAGACGAUGCGACGGCUACAAUCGAGAAGCUGAGAGGACAGACACUAUCACAAGUCGGCAUCGACAUGCUGCAGGACGGGCGACCAGUGUGGAUUACUUGGGAAGCCUUCCUCGACUCGCUAGUCGAGGAUGUAGGGGUCCGGCCUCCAGCGACAGAUGGCACGGCGCGAGAUGCUCGAGGCGACGCGACACCCACGGUCGGAUCGCUGGGCCACAUGGGCGGGCGGACUAAACAAGACGCUGUCGUCGAGGUGGUUGUCAGCCGCAAGGACCUGACCAAAACAACAUUCGACAGCCGGUACAAGUCCAAGGAAUCAGAGUAUCAGGCAUUCGCCAAGAUGAUUGUGACAAUAUGGGAAGUGGAAGAGCGGCAAACGUACUUCACCCUGACCUUCACCAACACGCAAUCCACGCCCUCGGCGCCCAGCAACCUACGCAAGUCCAUCGCGCGACCCAGUCUGUUGGAGGCUGCCGAUCGCAAGUCUAUCGCCUACUCGAACCCGUCGUCGGUUGCCUCGAGUCGAGACUCCAGCUCCCCCUCGUUCCACAGCCCCGGCAUCGUCACCAUGUCUUCGAGCCCGUUUCCACCCAUGGGGCCCCCGUCCGUUGCGGCCCACGCGAGCACGCCGUCUCUCCUACAAAAGAUCAUCUUGAUGAAGGACGCCCUCCUAGACAAUACCCAAAUGCCGAUCUUGGUCAUGUGGAAGGAUGGCAGCGUGACCUUCCCUAAUAAGGCUGCGAGGAUGUUGCUUCCGAUAGACGCAGAUCUGGAUAUGACAAAUGAUGGGUUUGAGCUCAUCAGGCUUUGGCAGCUGUGGACUGACGACUUCAGCCGUCAGCUGGACGUCGCAGAAUACCCGAUGUCCAUCCUCCUCAAGACAGAGUCGCCAUUCACCAGCAUCCGCGUUGGAAUGUACGACAGAGAGGGAAACCGAAUCGUUUAUGACGUUCUGGGCGAGGCGAUCCGCGACGAUGCUACGGGAGAGUUCCUCGCCGGUGUCGUGACAGGGCGAGACGUUACAGUGAUGACGGAAGAAAUCGAGCAGAUUAAGGAGCGUGACGACGAACGAUUCAAGCUCAUCUGCGACACAAUGCCGCAACUGGUGUGGACUGCGACCCCCGACGGCUUGCACGACUUCUUCAAUACGCGAUGGUACACAUAUACAGGACUGAAGCCGGAGGACUGUUUGGGGCACAUGUGGCAAAGCCCUUUUCACCCAGACGACAUUCCAGAGGCGCUCACUCGGUGGAACCACUCUCUCAGAACGGGUGAGCCGUAUCAGGUAGAAUACCGGUGUCGCAACAAAUCGGGCGAGUGGAGAUGGUUCCUGGGCCGUGCUCUCGCAGUCCGAAGUAAAGAGACGGGAGAAAUCGAGAAAUGGUUCGGAACGUGCACCGAUGUCCACGAGAGUAUGGAGACAAAGUUCACCGCGAAACGCACUCGACAGCAAUUACUGAGCGUCAUUGCUCACUCGCAUGUCACCAUCUUCACCGUGGACCCGAAUCGCAACGUGACAAUGCUCGAAGGCGCUUUAAUAUGGAACAACACCUACGAAGAAAACCACGACGGUAGUGGGUGGUUUAUUGGCAAGAACAUGUAUACUGUGUUCAACCGCUUGACCCAGCAAUUGGCGGAAGGGGAGCGGCCAGAGUUCUUGCGGCCUAUCGAGGACAUACUCGAUGGCAAAUCGAAGGAGGAUGUGAAGGAACAUGCGAUCGACGAGCGCUUUUACCGGACUCGGUUCCUCCCCAUGUAUGGCAAGCGGGCGCACGACGGCAAGCCGACUAAUGAAAGCUGCAUCGAAGGCGUUAUUGGUGUCAUUUUCGAUGUUACGGAGCUCAAGGAGAGGGAAGAGGCAAUUCGAGAACAAUCCCGAGAGAAGCGCCGCGCCAUGGCCAGCGAGGCAGCUGCCAAAGAGGCAAACCGGCUGAAGAGCCAGUUUCUGGCGAACAUGUCCCACGAGAUCCGCACCCCCAUCACUGGUGUACUAGGGAUGGCGGAGCUGCUGGGCGACAUGGACCUGGACGAGGAACAGCGCGAUUACGUCGAUAAUAUUCAGAGUUCGGCGACGUCGCUUCUGACAGUCAUCAACGAUAUCCUCGACUUCUCCAAGGUCGAGUCGGGGCGUCUCGACGUCGAGGAGGUCCAGUUCUCCCUUUCACUCAUUGUUAAAGAAGUCGGCAAGAUGUUGCAAUUCGCCGUGGAACGCAAGAAUCUCAGCUUCGAGUCCGAUAUUGACGGCGACAUCGAAAAAGACCUAGUCGUCAUCGGCGAUCCCGGACGGGUACGACAGAUCAUCACGAACCUAUUGACGAAUAGCAUCAAGUUCACGAAUCAAGGCUAUGUACGCUUUUCGGUGGUGAAGGAGAAAGAGACGGGGGACUCGAUCGACAUCAAGUUCGUAAUUGAGGACACAGGUAUCGGGAUCCAGGAAGACGUGCGGAAGAGACUCUUCCAACCGUUCAGUCAAGGCGAUGCGUCUACCGCGAGGCGUUUCGGCGGAACGGGGCUGGGCCUCACCAUCUGCAAGAAUUUGUUGGACCUGAUGCACGGUCGUAUCACAUUGGAAUCGACGGUGGGAACGGGCACGACUGUUACGUUUUGGAUACCGUUCAGCAAACCACAUGGCCAGCAAGACUCGAGCCUGGCUCAGUCUGGAGCGAUUCCUGAUCGGCUGCAGUCGGAAUUGAGCUUGUCGUGCAACAGCUCCGAGUACGAACAGGUCGCGGGAGCCGCCACAGGGCCAGACGGGUCAUCCGUUUCGUCAGUCCCUCGCCGACGCCUUUCUGUACGGACACCACCUGGUAUCGAACGGGAGCUUCCUCGGGCGGAGCGUGCCAAGAUGCAUGUGUUGGUCGUGGAGGACAAUCCGGUAAACCAGAAAAUCGCCAUCAAAACCAUCGGCAAGCUCGGGUUCCAGGUGACGGCAGCCUGGAAUGGUAAAGAGGCUCUAAACUAUCUGAUGGACGCCAGCAAGGGGAACAAGACCAAACCCGACAUCAUCCUCAUGGAUGUGCAGAUGCCCAUCAUUGACGGCUACAAGUGCACACACCUAUUGCGGCACCACCUGCCGUACAAGACCAUCCUGCACGAUGUGCCUAUAGUGGCAAUGACAGCCUCCGCGAUCCAUGGGGACCGGGAAAAGUGCAAGCGGGCCGGCAUGGACGAUUAUCUAGCCAAGCCUGUCACCAUGACGAUCCUCGAGAAGAUGCUGAUCAGAUGGGGCACGUCGAAGCGUCGUAUCCCGCACCCCGCAGACACCAUCGCAUCGGACUGCUCCGAGAUGAGCGAGCAUUGCGACAACGCCGACAUCCCGCACAUAGGGCUCGAGAACGAGAACCUGUCGGCAACGGACCGCGAGGCAGACGACUUCAACAACAGCCCCAUCACGCCCCGACCGCUGACGACCAACGGCCAGCACGAGCUCUCGCCGUUCGACUCGCCGAUGGCGGCGGAGCUCGCCCCCCAGAUCAGGCGCCAGGAGGGCGAAAAGGAGCUCUCGACGAUGCUCCAGGAGACCAAGAUGAUUGACGCGGCCGGCGGGCCGCUCAACAUGAGGAGCAGCUCGUUCCAGGAAGCCAGCCCCGGCGAGGCCCUCACGGAGGAAAACAUGAGCAGGCUCGCGAACGAGACGAGCAACACCAACGUGGCGCAGACGCCCACCACGUAG